CGGAAGUACCGCACCAUCGUAAACUGGGACAGCGAGCGGUGAGCAUCUCUUCAUUGGUGUAUGUGUGGCAACAACAUGUCAGUCCCGCUGCUCGAUGAGGCUGCGACGGUGUCCGGGACGGAGAAGGAGACCGCUGCUGUGAUUUUCCUUCAUGGUUUGGGAGACAAUGGCAAAGGCUGGGCAGAUGUAUUGACCAGCAUCCGGUUGCCUCAUGUCAAGUUUAUCUGUCCUCACGCGCCUGCUAUCCCUGUCACUCUCAACAUGGGCGCCUUGAUGCCUGCAUGGUUUGACCUCAAAGGCCUCAGUCCCGACUCUGCAGAGGAUGAAGCAGGGAUUAAAAAGGCAGCAGAGAACAUCAAGGCCAUAAUUGAACAUGAGGCUAGAAAUGGCAUCCCCCCUCACCGCAUUAUACUUGGAGGAUUCUCUCAGGGUGGAGCAUUGUCCUUGUACACAGCUUUGACCUGUCAGCAUCAGUUGGCUGGAGUUGUGGCUCUGAGCUGCUGGCUACCUCUUCACCGGACUUUCCCUGCGGCGUCCAGUGGCACCAGGAACAUCCCAAUUCUGCAGUGCCAUGGGAAGUGCGAUCCCAUGGUUCCCAUAGAGUUUGGGUGUUUGACAUCAGAACUGAUCAAAACCGUAGUCAAUCCUCAGCUGGUCACCUUCAAAGGCUUCCCCGGCCUCUCGCACAGCUCCUGCCCCCAGGAGAUGGAGGUCAUAAAGGAAUUUAUUGAGAAGUAUUUGCCUCGGAUCUGACCUCAACGUGACCUUACUGUGACCCCUGAGACACUGACCUCUCACCUUUGACCUUCCACCAACGCCCCACACAGGAAACGGGAAACAGCCAUGAGCACUCUUCUUUUUAGUCACAGAAAAAUCACUGUAAAGAUUUCACUUUUAAUGCUUUCCAUAGUCUUAGCCUUCAGAGGGAGAUAACUCAACUCACAAUACAUUCCCUUUUUGUUUAUAUAUGCCUUCUUCCUUAAAACCCUAUGCCUAUUAUUAUUUCCCAGCUUUCUCAGCAUAUUUUCUUUAUUUUUGGUCUAAUUCUCUUGAACUGAUAACACACACAAUACAUUCCUCCCUUAUAUGUGAACAUGAUGCAAUAUGACCAAUUUACAAUAUAACAAUUUCUAUUUAAUCCACAAAUAAUUGCCACAAUGUGCUGUUCAGUUUCUCUUAACCUUCCCUUCAUUAAUCAUGUUUUAGCACCAAGUUUCAAUUAAAAUAUCUCUAGGUUAGAUUUGCUAGUUUUGUCGUUGAUUUAGGUUUGUCUUACAUGCAUAAAAAGGUAAAAAUCAUCAUACCCUUGUCAACAACUUUUUCUGCUUGUAUUGUUGUCUGUAUAUGUAAAGUAAACUAUUGUAUCUCCAUUGGUUUCGCAUGGAAGUAUGAAUGACUGACCUACUGUAAUGUAAUGCAUGAAUUAGUCAUGUUUAAGAUGUUAUUGCAAACUGCAUAUCACCACUUUCUUGUCACUAUUCCCCACUCAUGGCUCUUAACCUGACAAAUUCACAUUUUUAAUUUUGCAUGGUCUGCCUGAUUUUAAACUCUUGCACUCUCUCUGUUUAAGCAAACCAGUUUUAAUUAAACCACAGAAAUCUCCAAUAAUAAAACUACAUCUCAGCUCCCUCUUAUGGCCAUUUACCAUUGCUACAUGGGGUCAGAUCUCUUGUAAAAAUAAAUAACAUUUUAAAAGGCUAUACACUGGGAGGGCUUGCGCACAAAGCUGUUCCAUUAUAACUGAAGGGUUUAAUUUUACAAACAUAAUAAUGUAAUCUUGAACAACUUGUAAUCCUUGGACAUGCAAGUGUAUCUCUGGAUAAGUUGUGUGUGCUUAAAAACACUUCAGGUGUUCUUUUUUUUUCUUUUUAGAUAUUGAGUUUACUUUCCUUGAUUAUAAUGUGUACCUUUUUCUCUAACUGGUUUAGUGGUGAUAAGAGAAAAUUUAAGAGAAAAGAAUGAGUUUGAUUGUUCACUAAUUAAUGAAUGUCUCCUUUAUAAUUUCCUUUUAUCAGCUAAUGUUGACUCUGCAGCUACCUUUUUUCACUUUGAUUAAUUUUGCCCAUAUAUUGUCAGUUAUCACACUGUAUUGUGUGUUUUCUCUUGGGUUUUGACAUUGGUUUCAUUUUUUUUUAAAUAUAUAUAUAUAUAUAAAUUAUGUCAUUUUGUUUUACCACUGUGUUGUCAUCUCAUUCUUUUGUGUGUUUAUAAUAAUGAGCAUUUAACUUGUAGAGGCUAAAGUGGUGGCCUCAGUAUGUUGUUUUGAAAACACCUGUAUUGCAAAAUAAAUCGCCAAAAGCAUCGAA